AUGGCUGACGCUAAGUUCUGCAAGGACAAAGAGCCACAUUCCCCACUUCAUGAAUACCAUCAGCUUGGAGAUGUUACAGUUGGUUUCAUUACAUCUCAGGGAUACAUCAUUGAUGAUGCAAACACCUUCAAUAUGGAACCACCACUAACAAUGCCAGAUGAAAUUAUGUAUGAAACUGGCAUUCUACAUUUAUUCUGUAAUUUCUAUGAAUUUUUCUUAGCAGUUACAGCCUUAUCCUACGUCUUGGAGAACUUUGUCCCCAAUUUCAAAUGUGGCACCCAGAAUAAUCUGAUGGCAGUCCUUGGAGGACUGGAUCCAGAUGUCUCCCUUUAUAUAGCCACUGUCUUGGAAAUCUACAAAAUUCCACAGCUCAUAUAUGGCUCUCCUCCAGUGAUGGAGGAUAAAACCCCAGGUCUGCCUUUCUAUCAGAUGGUGCCUCGAGAAUCCAUCCAAUAUGCAGGGAUUCUCUCUUUGCUUCUGCAUUUCAGAUGGUUGUGGAUUGGCAUCAUUGCUAUGGAUAAUGAUAAUGGAGAAAGAUUUCUACAAAGAGUUGUUCCCCUGUUUUCCCAGAGUGGUAUUUGUUUUUCCUUUAUAGAAAAAAUUUUAAAACCAUCUUUUGAUACAGAUGGAAGAGAAAAAAUGCUACGUGGGGCAAAAAUACGGGAUAAAAUCAUGCUCAGUGAAGCCAAUGUAUUAGUGGCCAAUGGAGAUUCUUAUUCCAUGGCUUUUUUUAGGUGGCUUCCUUAUCUAUCAGAAUUAGAAGAUAUUACUAAUAAUCCAAAAAGUAAGGUGUGGAUAGUAACAGCCCAGGUGGAACUCACAUCAUUUGUCUUCCAAAAAGAUUGGGAUUCAAGACUUUUCCAUGGGGCCUUGUCCUUCGGAAUACACUCCAAUGAUCUACCAGAUUUUGAGCUAUUUCUUAAAAAUAAAAUCCCAUCAAGCAAUAACCGAGAUGGUUUUAUCAUGGACUUCUGGCAACAGGCCUUUGGCUGUGUGUUCCCAAAUCCAAGCCUGGGCAAAGUGGAAGGAGAGAUUUGCACAGGGGAAGAGGACCUGGAGAGCCUUCCAGCAACUUUCUUUGAAAUGCAAAUGACCAGUCACAGCUACAAUGUCUACAAUGCUGUUUAUGCAGUGGCCCAUGCUUUAAAUGACAUGUUUUCAGCUACAGGACUCAAACAUAAGGGAAAAGGAACUGCGAAUGAAGUGGAAGUUAAGGAUCAUCUCUUGUGGCAGCUCCACGAGUUUCUGAGAGCCGUCUCCUUCAACAACAGUGCUGGGGAAACCAUUUCUUUUAACCAGGAUGGAGAGUUGGUAGCUGGGUUUGACGUGAUCAACUGGAUUGUUUCCUCCAACCAGUCCUUUCAGCGGGUGAAAGUUGGGAGGGUGGACCCCCAGGCCCCUCCAGGCAGAGUGUUCACCCUCAAUGAGGACACUAUAACAUGGCACAGCUGGUUUAACCAGGUACAACCAGUCUCUCUGUGCAGUGAGAGUUGCAUUCCAGGUUCCAGGAAGAAAAUGAGGGAGGGGCAGCCAUUCUGUUGCUAUGAUUGCAUCCCAUGUCCUUCAGGGAAGAUUUCAAGCAAGAAGGAUAUGAAUGACUGCUAUAAAUGUGCAAAUGAAGACUAUCCUAGUAAGACUCGGGAUUUCUGCAUCCCCAAAACUGCAACCUUCCUGUCUUUUGAAGAACCUUUGGGACUCUGUUUAGGAUUGGCUGCUGUUUCCUUUGCUCUGAUUACAGCCUCCGUGCUUGGCAUCUUUCUGAAGCACCACAGCACUCCCAUUGUCAUCGCCAACAACCGGGACCUCACCUACAUUCUCCUCAUCUCCCUCCUGCUCUGCUUUCUAUCGGCCUUGCUCUUUAUUGAUCGGCCUGGGAAAGUCUUGUGUCUCCUUUCCCAAACCACUUUUAGUAUAACCUUCUCAGUGGCUGUUUCUUGUGUGCUGGCAAAAACCAUCAUAGUUGUUCUGGCUUUUCUGGCCACCAAACCAGGAUCCAUGCUGAGAAAAUGGGUGGGGAAAAGGCUUACUAAUUCCAUUGCUCUUUCCUGUUCUCUUAUCCAAUCAGGCAUAUGCAUUAUAUGGCUGUCAACCUCUCCCCCCUUCCCAGAUGUUGACAUGCAUUCAAUGGAGGACCAAAUUGUUCUGCAAUGUAACCAAGGUUCUGUGACUAUGUUUUAUUGUGUGCUGAGCUAUCUGGGCUUUUUGGCCAUGGUGAGUUUCACUGUAGCCUUUUUUGCCAGGAAGUUACCAGAAGCUUUUAAUGAAGCCAAGUUUAUUACAUUCAGUAUGUUGGUCUUCUGCAGUGUUUGGUUAUCCUUUGUUCCUACCUACCUGAGCACAAAAGGAAAGUAUAUGGUAGCUGUGGAGAUCUUCUCCAUCUUAGCCUCCAGUGCUGGACUGCUGGGUUGCAUUUUUGUCCCCAAGUGUUUUAUUAUCUUGUUGAGGCCUCAGUUGAACAACAGGAAACAGCUGAUAAAUUAA